AUGUCGAUUGGGUAUGCAGGAAUCAGAUUCUCCAACUCACUUGAAUUUCUUCCUUCUACAUUACAGUGGAGGCGGAGAGCUCCGUCAUGUGCCAAGGAUCCCAAUGUGUGCUUGGAUCCCGAGAAGAACCCACAUGCUGUUACCAAAGACACCUUGAAGGAUCCCAACAAUUGUGGGGCAUGUGGGCAAACAUGUGCCUAUGGACUUGUAUGCUGCAAUGGAAGUGCAACUGAUUUAUGGUUGUCUACUGUUGGGUUUGGCUACUUCCUUACAUUACCACUUGCUAAAAUGAACAGUAUAUACAAUUGUACAAAGUUUGGCAACAUCACUGGCAAACUUGUUCUUGGAACCGUUGCAUUUGCAUAUCCCCAUCGACACAAAAUGAGAUUGAACCCAGCGAAAUGCGCUUUCUUCAUUAGUGGAGGGAAAUUUUUGGGCUACAUGGUUGGUGGACAAGACAUAGAGCCAAACCCAGAAAAGAGACUCGCGGGAAGAGUGGUAGCACUUAACAGAUUCAUGUCUAAGUCAGCAGAGAGAUGUCUACCCUUCUUGAAGAAGCUACAGAAAGUCCUGAACUUUGAAUGGUCGGAGGAUUGCCAAAAGGCCUUCAAAAGCCUUAAGGAAUAUCUCAGCUCUCCACAUAUGCGUAGCAGUCCCCUAGUAGAAGAAGAGCUGUUGAUUUACUUGGCUAUGUCCGAACAGGCAGUAGGCGUCGUACUAGUGAGAGAAGGGAUGGGGAUCCAGAAGCCCGUCUUCUACGUCAAUAAGCUACUUAAAGAUACCGAGGUCAGAUAUAUGAAUAUUAAGAAACUAGCAUUUGCUCUGUUAUUAGUAGUGAGAAAAUUCAGAAUGUAUAUGGAAGGCCACCAGGGAGUAGUGAUGACUGAUCAGCCCUUGAAAAAGAUCUUACAUAGGCCUGAAACUUCAAGACGGAUGCUAGCAUACUUGGAUAAGAAGGAGCAAAAUAAUGCACUGCUGAGUUCAGUGAAAGAAGGGGAGGGGAGUCAGCGCCAGCAUGAAUUCAUGUGGAAUUUGUUUGUAGAUGGGGCAUCGAGCUCCACAGAUAAUGAGAUAGCUUCAGGAGUGGGGGUAACCAACCUCAGAAUAAGUAGUGUUUCUCAACUAGUAGUGAACCAAGUAACAAGAGUGUACCAGGCAAAGGAUCCUAUCAUGCAGAGAUACUUAGCCAAAGUACAAACUCUAGAAGCCCAGCUCGAGUAUCUCGAAACUGGAAAAUUGCCCGAAGACAAAGCAGAAGCUCAGAAAAUUGCAACUAAAGCUGCCAAUUAUCAAGCAGUAAGAGAAACUCUAUAUCGAAGAGGAAAGUCCAGCCUAUGGUUAAGAUGUGUAGACCCAGAAGAGGCAGCCAAGUCAAGUAUAUCAAGCCUGUGGCCAUUCUCGCAGUGGGGGAUAGACAUUUUGGAGCUAUUCCCUAAGACUGUGGGGCAAAAGAGGUUUGUAAUUGUGGCUAUAGAGUACUUCUCUAAAUGGCCUGAGGUAGAGGUUGUACCUUCCAUCACAGCUCAGAAAGUAAUAGAUUUUGUAUGGAGCAACAUCAUAUGCCGGUUUGAGAUACCCAAGAUGCUCAUAUCAGACAACGGAAAGCAGUUUGAUUGCAAUUCUUUUCGAGAUUUCACAAGAAACAUGGGCAUAUGGUACAAAUUUUCCUCAAUAGCUCAUCCGCAAACAAACAACCAAUCCAAGAUGACAAACUGA